UUUAUAAAUAGAGCGUUGUGCUAAGUACCAUAUGAUAUCAUCAGUAGCUAGGUAAAAUAUUAAAUGUCAGAAGCAUCGGCAUUGUUAUCUUCAAAUGACGUGGAAGACGGGAAUAAUUAUCCGAAACCGAACAAAAAAAUAACGAUGGAUGAAAUGCUUGAGAAGUACUGCGGGGAGUUUGGGUGGUGGCAGUUGAGACACUUAGUGUUAACCAGCUUGGCUUGGAUGCUUGAGGGGAUUCACACUAUGGUCAUGAUCUUCGCCGAUCGCGAACCAGCCUGUUGCUGUUCCACGAGCCAUUGUGGUUCAAGUCUGUGUGACCUUGAGCCUGGCUCGUGGGAAUGGUCAGGUGGAACAGGAAGUUCUACGAUGUCCGAAUUCGGAUUGAUAUGUGGAGACAAGUUUAAGGUUGGGCUUGUCCAGUCUAUAUUUUUUGCUGGCUGCAUGAUCGGGGCUGGAGUAGUUGGACAUCUUUCAGAUUCAAACUUGGGAAGGAAAGGCUCCCUCGCAAUGGUUUGCAUUUUGAAUGCCGUUUUAGGUAUUCUAACAGCAUUCUCUUUGAACUAUUGGACCUAUGCCUUGCUCCGUUUUCUCUCCGGUUUCAGCGCUGGUGGGACAGGCCUUUGCGCUUUUGUUCUUGGCACUGAACCCAUUGGUCAGUCUUGGCGUGGCGUAGCUGGAAUGUCCACUUUCUAUUUUUUCUCUAUAGGAAUAGCCGCUGUAUCUGCCAUUGCUUAUUUCUUCCAAUCGUGGCGAUCUCUCUACAUUGCUUCUUCGAUCCCGUCUGUGAUUUUCGUUAUCUUCGUACUUCCUUUCCUCCACGAGUCACCUCGCUGGUGCCUCGUUCGAGGAAAAGUAGAUGAAGCCAUGAAAAUUAUGCAAAAAAUCGCUACAUCAAAUGGCAAACAACAUAUUCCUAAUGGCGUUGUUCUUGCCCUCGACAGUGAAGUGAACGACGACAACAACAACAUAACCAGUGUGGUCCAAAAAAUGGAAUCUGGGGAGGGUGGGGUCUACACAGACCUUACAUCUACCUCUGUAGCCAUGCUAGAACCCGAUACCAAAGAAGCGCUAAAUGGAUCCAUUUUAGAUGUACUGAGGUUUCCAAUCACACGGAUUCGGUUAAUCUUAGCCGUGGGUAGUAACUUCUUCUGUUCCGUCGUUUAUUACGGGUUAAGUCUGAACGCGGUCAACCUCGGGACCAAUCUUUACCUCAACGUUGCCCUUAACGCAAUUGCUGAGAUGCCUGCUUAUUUUUUAACAGCGUUAGUGUUGGACAGGCUCGGUCGAAAGCCCUUAGGUGUAGGGACAAUGUGGUUCAGUGGAAUAUUCUGUUUAGCUGGAAGCUUAAUGAAGGGUGAAGGGGCAUGGAAAGUGGUUCGAAUGGUGUGUGGAGUUUUAGGGAUAUUUGGUAUGGCUGGGACAUACAAUUUGUUAUUUGUGUAUUCGAUGGAGUUGUUUCCAACUGUGGUGAGAAAUGCAGCAUUAGGAUGUGCGACUCAAGCGAUACAUAUGGGGGCAAUUUUGGCACCAAUUAUUGUGGUUUUAGGGGGUGGCAUACCAUUUCUUGUAUUUGGUAUAUGUGGAAUUGCUGGAGGAUUUUUGGUAUUGUAUCUGCCAGAAACAUUAAACAGGCCACUUUAUGAUACAAUUGAAGGACUACAAGAAGCUGAAGCAAAACCUGCCAUGGUAGCCUAAUUGGUUCGUAAAGAGCUUGUUUGGAUUAGCUGAAUAAAGCAACUAUUAAGUACUUGACUUUAAAAGCAUUGUGAAAGUAUUGGAGCUGAAUUUACCUGUUUGUUGAAACUGAAAAUUUAUAUAUCUAAUAUAAA